ACCUUUAAAUUUUAAUUUGUCAUAAUUUUUGCCGUCCAUUUUAGUUGCCUUUAGAUAUAUUAUAUUACUAUAUUGCAUAUUUAUUUCACCAUUCAAUUGCAUCACAAGCCAAGUUGUUUUUUGGCCCAUCGCAAAACGCAACGCAACGCAACGGUAGUCAACACUGUAAGAGAAGCAGCUUCCGUUUCAGUAAACAAUGGGCGAUUUUACGGUUGCGUUAAACCCUCCCAAAACCUUCGGCCCCGAGAUUCUACCACCCAUCAAUCGCACUUCCGCGGCGGCGCGUGGGCGGGUAACCAAAAUCUCUUUCAAACCGCACGGAUUUCGAGCAAUUCGCGCCUCGGUGAUGCCGAGUGAAGGCCAGCAACAAUCGUCUCUGGGAGACUCUCUCGUGAACAGUCCGCACAGAAACGACGUCGUUGAUGUUAUCAGAAAGAGCGCAAUCUCUAACUGCCUCUCCGAAACUAAUCUCCACAACACCGUUCCUGGUCUCGUGUCCAAAACCCGCGGCAAAGUUCGAGAUAUUUACGACGCCGGGGAUUACCUCGUUUUGGUGACCACUGAUCGGCAGAGUGCAUUUGAUAGGAUUCUUGCUUCCAUUCCUUUCAAAGGCCAGGUUUUGAAUGAGACAAGUUUGUGGUGGUUUGAAAGAACUAAGCAGAUAGUUCCUAAUGCAGUUGUAUCGGCUCCGGAUAAAAAUGUUACAAUAGCUAAGAAAUGCUCAGUUUUCCCUGUUGAAUUUGUCGCAAGAGGAUUUGUAACUGGAAGUACUGAUACAUCUCUAUGGACAGUCUACAAUAAGGGUGCUCGGAACUAUUGUGGAAAUGUCCUCCCAGAUGGAAUGGUAAAAAAUCAGAAGUUGUCUGAAAAUAUACUCACUCCAACAACCAAAGCUGCAGACCAUGAUGUUCCUGUCACUCCAGAUGAGAUUAUAGAAAGGGGACUGAUGACUCGAUCUGAUUAUGAAGAAGUGAGUGAAAAAGCAUUAUCCUUGUUUGAAUAUGGACAGCAAGUGGCUUCAGAGCAUGGCCUCAUAUUGGUAGACACUAAGUAUGAGUUUGGGAAGGCAAAUGAUGGUUCGAUUAUGUUGAUUGAUGAGGUCCAUACUCCUGAUUCAAGCAGAUAUUGGAUUGCCAGUUCUUACCUGGAGCGCUUCCAAAAUGGUCUUGAGCCUGAAAAUAUUGACAAGGAGUUCUUGAGGCUGUGGUUUAAAAGUCACUGCAACCCAUAUGAAGAUGAGGUCCUUCCCGAAGCUCCCGAAGAUCUUGUUUGUGAGUUAUCCUGGCGAUACAUUUUCUUGUACGAGACUAUAACAAACUCAAAGUUUGAGAUGCCAUUGACCGAGGAGCCUAUACAUGACCGAAUUUCUCGAAACGUUGCAUCUGCACUAUCAUCUUUAAAGUAGCAGGAGGAUUUUGGGGCCACAUUGUAGCUCAUGUUGUAAUCUCUUACUGUAAUACAUAUUAAAACUUAAACUAAUGGAGAACUUCUCCACACAAUUUUUUAUUUUUCUAAAGUAACUUAAAACAGAAAGAGAGACCAAAAUUUUUAAUGCUCUUCGAAUACUUUCUAGAUUGUCAUGACGACCGUGGUCGGAAAUUUGACAGACCUGUUUUUCUAAAACAAAAAACGAAUAAAGAGCAGUUUCUGAAACCAGAACCCAAUGUGUUAUUCUUUGUCUUGUAUAUUCCUCGUGACAACACUAUGGGAAGUAAAUUUCCUCUUCUUUUCUACCGUUGUUUAGCAUUCAUUCUGCCUUCGGAAGGCAGGGCAUGUUUACUUGUACGAUUGUAUCAGUGUGUCUGUAUGUCUUGUUAUACUGUCUUAUGUGUUA